UCAAGUUCCAAUUUAAUAAUUUAAUAUCGUGAUUCUUCCUACGUUGGAACAACGUGUCUACUGUCUUGAUUGUUUUGUGUGGAUUAAACUAUAUUGGUCUAUAAAUAAUAAAUAUAUUUUAAUAUCUAACCAUGAAGCUUAUUUGUAAUAAAAGUAAUCCACCUCUAGGUGGUCUACUUGCUGUUGAAAUGUAUAGGUCCUCUGCCGGAAAAGUUGAGUUUGAAUGGGGUGGAGAUUCAUUUAUUACACUGCCUCCAUCCUCAAAGCCACAAUCCUUUGGAACAAGCAAUGACUUAAUUAGGAUUCUUGAAAAUACAUAUAAUAAAUCAGUGGGGCCUCUUCAAAGAGUGACUAUGAACCAUUGGCUUUCUUUUAGUUUAAUUCUUGAAGAUGAAAUACCUAAGUCAUUAGAAUACUUGGACAAAACACUUGCUCCAUUAACAUAUUUAGUUGGAGAAUCUCUAUCAGUGUCAGAUUUAGCAGUCUUCAGUAUUCUACAUGUUUCAAAUAAAUUUAAAGAAGCAUCAAAGACCAACACUUAUAACAAUAUAAGUAGAUGGAUGAAAUUAAUACAGGCUCAAGAACCUGUAGUAAAAGCUUUAAAGGAUCUGCCUUCAGAUGUUCUGGAAAAUCUAUCUAAGAUAACAACUAGGAAAUCCCCACCAGCAAAUAAAGAUGCAACUACAGGCCGACAGCAGGAGGGUAAAUUUAUUGAGCUUCCACAUGCAGAAAUGGGCAAGGUUGUUGUUCGCUUUCCACCAGAAGCGUCAGGAUAUUUGCACAUUGGUCAUGCUAAAGCAGCACUUCUCAAUCAAUACUACCAGCAAGCUUUUGAUGGCAAACUCAUCAUGAGGUUUGAUGACACCAAUCCGGCCAAAGAGAAUGCUGAUUUUGAGAAGGUAAUUUUGGAAGAUGUAGAGAUGUUGGAAAUAAAACCGGACAUGUUCACACACACAUCCCAGUACUUUGACCUCAUGCUGCAGUACUGUGAGAAGCUCAUCAAAGAAGGCAAGGCCUUUGUAGAUGACACACCAGCCGAGCAGAUGAAGACUGAGAGGGAACAGAAAGUAGACAGCAAAAAUAGGAAUAAUUCUGUAGAGAAGAACCUCAAACUUUGGGAAGAGAUGAAGAAAGGCAGUAAGAUUGGCAUUCAGAAUUGUGUUCGCGCCAAGAUCGACAUGCAGUCUAUGAACGGCUGCAUGAGAGACCCGACGAUAUAUAGAUGCAAGCCCGAAGAACAUCCGCGCACUGGAACACAAUACAAAGUGUACCCAACGUACGACUUCGCGUGUCCGAUCGUGGACUCAGUGGAGGGGGUGACGCACGUGUUGCGGACAAUGGAAUAUCACGACCGAGACCCGCAGUUCUACUGGUUUAUAGACGCGCUGGGCUUACGGAAGCCCUACAUCUGGGAGUACAGCAGGCUAAGCAUGACAAACACAGUGUUGUCCAAAAGAAAAUUAACUUGGUUCGUUGAACAAGGUCACGUCGAUGGUUGGGAUGACCCACGCAUGCCGACAGUGCGUGGCGUGUUGCGCAGAGGAAUGACAGUGGAAGGCUUGAGACAGUUCAUCCAAGCCCAGGGUUCCAGCCGCUCUGUGGUCUUCAUGGAGUGGGACAAAAUAUGGGCUAUCAACAAGAAGGUUAUAGAUCCCGUAGCUCCCCGCUAUACAGCAUUAGAAAGUAAUCCAGUGCCUGUGAUACUCAAGGGAGUGACAACAGACAGUUCGUUCAAUGUUCCCUUACAUCCGAAGAAUGCUGAUGUUGGCACAAAGACAGUGUGGGUGUCGCCGCGACUGUUGGUCGAUCAGGUUGAUGCUCAAGCCCUGAAGGAGGGGGAGAAUACUACGUUUAUCAAUUAUGGCAAUGUUAUGAUCGAUAAAGUUCACAGAUCCGCUGAUGGUAAGGUGAGCAGCGUGGAAGGUACUCCAAACUUGGACAAUAAGGACUACAAGAAGACGUUGAAGGUGACCUGGCUGGCGGACACGGCCAAGUCUCCUCAACAGAAAGUGUAUUGCGUGUACUUCGACCAUAUCAUAUCGAAGCCCCUGCUUGGCAAGGAUGAAGACUUCAAACAGUACAUCGGACAUCAAACUAGGUGGGAAGUUGAGAUGCUGGGCGAGCCAGAGUUGAGCAAAGCCCGCGUGGGGCAAAUUAUACAGCUGCAGCGACGAGGGUUCUUCCGAGUGGACGUGGCGGCGGCACCUGCCUCCCCUCACACCAGCCGCUCCACACCUCUCGUGCUGUUCCACGUGCCGGACGGACACACCAAGGAGAUGCCGGGCCAGCCUAAGGCAACACAAGCUCAAGCCAAGAAAAGCGCAGUGGCCCCGGCGACUGACGCGUCAAAGCUAAACGAAGAGAUCACAAAACAGGGAGACUUGGUGAGAUCACUCAAGACUGCGAAAGCAGACAAAGCGAAAGUGGAUGAGGCGGUCAAAUCGCUGCUCGAUUUGAAGGCUAGAUACAAAGCUGCCACUGGACAGGAUUGGAAACCAGAUGCAGCUCCUACUAAGCCCUCUCCUUCUGGUGACGCGGCGAGUAUAGACCAGGAGAUCAACAAACAGGGAGAGCUUGUGCGGUCGCUCAAGGCCGCCAAAGCGGAUAAGGUUCAAAUAGACGGUGCCGUCAAACUACUGCUAGAAUUGAAGGCUAAAUACAAGGCAGCUACAGGCCAGGAUUGGAAAGCAGGAGCAGCUCCUAGUAAACCCUCUCCGUCUGGUGACGCGGCGAGUAUAGACCAGGAGAUUAACAAGCAGGGAGAUCUCGUGAGGUCGCUCAAAGCCGCCAAAGCUGAUAAGGCUCAAAUAGACGGCGCUGUCAAACUACUCCUGGAAUUGAAGGCUAAAUACAAGGCAGCUAUAGGACAGGAUUGGAAACCAGGUGCAGCUCCUAGUAAAUCAUCUCCGUCUGGUGACGCGGCGAGUAUAGACCAGGAGAUCAGCAAACAGGGAGAUCUCGUGCGGUCACUAAAGGCCUCCAAAGCUGAUAAGGCUCAAAUAGACGGCGCCGUCAAACAACUGCUGGAAUUGAAAGCUAAAUACAAGGCAGCUACAGGCCAGGACUGGAAGCCGGGUUCCUCUCCUGCCGCACCAGCAUCGAAGUGCGACGAAGCUGAACUGAGCAUCAUCCUAUGCAAGAUAUCCGCUCAGGGUGAAAAGGUGCGGAAUCUGAAGGCGCAGAAGGCAGACAAGGCGACUGUAGACGUUGAGGUGAAGAAUCUUCUCAACCUGAAAGCACAGUACAAGUCCAUUACCGGUACAGACUGGUCUCCAAGCGCGGCAGCUGCGCCUGUCACGAGUAAACCGGCGGAACAACCUAUUUCACAGAAGAGCACAAUGAACGGCGCGAAUGAGGACAUUGCAGCCAGUAUCACGGCGGAGAUUACCAAACAAGGGGAUGUUGUGAGGGAACUGAAAACGAAGAAAGCUGACAAGGCAACAAUCGAUGCAGAAGUGAAGAAGCUUCUAGAACUGAAGGCGAAGUAUCAAGAAGCGACGGGCACUGCAUUCGUCGCGGCAGCGACUCCUCGAGACACCAAGUCGAAGGAGAAGAAACCGAAAGAAGCCAAGGAACAAAAGGCCAAAGAGGCCAAAGAACAAAAGGUCAAAGAAAGCAAGCCAAAAGAACAGUCACCGAAGCCAGCGAAGGACGAAUCUUCUGGCGGUUUGAAGAAAAUCACUCGACUUGGCUUAGAAGCUAACAAGGAGACAGAACUAUCCGACUGGUAUACGCAAGUCAUUACUAAAGCCGAGAUGAUCGACUACUACGACAUAUCGGGGUGCUACAUCCUACGACCCUGGUCCUUCUGCAUCUGGGAGAAUAUACGGGAGUUCUUCAGCGCGGAGAUCAAGAAGCUCGGCGUCAAAGACGUGUACUUCCCCAUAUUUGUGUCCAAGACCGUACUAGAACGUGAAAAGACCCAUAUUGCGGACUUCGCGCCGGAGGUCGCUUGGGUGACACAUUCAGGAUCCAGUGAGCUGGCAGAACACAUCGCGAUCCGGCCCACCUCCGAGACAGUCAUGUACCCCGCGUACAGCCGCUGGAUACAGAGCCACCGGGACCUGCCGCUCAAGCUGAACCAGUGGAACAACGUCGUGCGCUGGGAGUUCAAACAACCCCAGCCAUUCCUUAGAACGCGCGAGUUCCUCUGGCAAGAAGGACACACGGCGUACAGGUACAAAGAAGAGGCGGAUGAAGAAGUUCUCGUUAUUCUAGAACUGUACAGGCGUGUGUACGAGGAGCUGCUAGCCGUUCCGGUCAUAAAAGGCAGGAAGACUGAAAAGGAGAAAUUCGCUGGUGGCGAUUAUACCACCACUGUGGAGGGAUACAUUGCCGCUAGCGGCCGGGGCAUACAGGCAGCCACUAGUCACCACUUGGGACAGAACUUCUCCAAGAUGUUCGAGAUCGUAUACGACGACCCUGACACACAGGAGAAGAAAUUCGUCUUCCAGAACUCUUGGGGAAUUACCACCAGGACUAUCGGUGUAAUGGUGCUGGUUCAUGGCGACAACCGAGGGUUAGUCCUGCCGCCGCGAGUGGCCCAGAUACAAGCGAUCGUCGUGCCGUGCGGUAUUACUGCGUCGUCCACCGACGACGAGCGCAAGGCUCUCGUUGACUCUUGCAGGCUGCUUGAAGACGAGCUGAGGCAGGCCGGCAUCAGGACAGAUGGUGACUACAGGGAUAACUACUCGCCUGGGUGGAAGUUCAACCAUUGGGAGCUCAAGGGUGUACCAAUACGAGUUGAGCUGGGACCAAAAGAUAUGUCUCGUGGUGAAAUAGUGGCCGUCGUCCGGCUGACGGGAGACAAGAUGACGCUCAGACGAGAUGCCGCGCCAAAGGAGCUCUCCGCUUUACUCGAAACAAUACAUAAUCAAAUGCUAGUGAGAGCUACAAAGGAGAGAGAUGAGAGAUUAACGUUCGCUACUAAAUGGGAGGAUUUCACGGCUGCAUUAGACAAGAGACACAUGAUCUUCUCCCCGUUCUGUGGUGAAAUACCAUGUGAAGACAGCAUCAAGAAUGACAGUGCAAGAGUGGAAGAGGACGAAACAAAUGAAGGGAAAGGUCCAUCAAUGGGAGCAAAAUCUUUGUGUAUACCAUUCCAACCUCCUAGAGAAGUCAAUGACAGUGAUCGCUGCAUCCAUCCAGCGUGUAAAAACAAAGCCAAAUUUAUAACACUGUUUGGCAGAAGUUAUUAAAAGUUUUUUGCACUAGUGUACAAUUAAUACUAAGCAAAAUUUUUAUAAAAUAUAAUUUAUUAAAUACAA